AUGGUCGGCGGAACGAACAACCACAACACUGGUAACCAGGGAAACCAAGGGAACCAGGGAAAUGAUGGCGCUCCACCAUCUCCACCUCCCAAGAGGACACUCAAAGAUCUGGCAUCUCCAUCAUUUGAUCAACAAAAGUUGUGUGUCAACUUGGAAGAUUCAAUUGAGCUCAAAUCUCAGUUGAUUCAUUGGUUACCGAAGUUCAAAGGGCUUCCAGGAGACGAUCUAAAUCGUCAUUUGCUACUGUUUCAACAUAGGUUGACAAGUUUGAAGCCAACUGGAACUGAUCAAGGAAGAGCUUUACUGACAGCUUUUCCGUUCUCUUUGAUUGAUUCUGCAGAAGAAUGGUUUUAUAGUCUUCCACCUAGAAGUAUCACAACUUGGAACGAGAUGCAGAGAGCAUUUUUAGAGAAGUACUUUCCCGCCUCUAAAGCAGCAACUAUUCGUAAAGCAAUUAGUGGGAUUGAACAAAUUACUGGUGAGACUCUUUACGACUACUGGGAACGGUACAAGAAGUUGUUAGCAAGGUGCCCACAUCAUCAAAUCUCUGAGAAACUCAUAGUGCAGUAUUUUUACGAUGGUUUACUCCAAUCCGAGAGAAAUCUUAUUAAUGCAUCUAGUGGUGGUGCUUUGACAAACAAAACCAUUGAUGAAGCGACAAAAUUGAUCGAGAAUAUGGCUGCAAACACGCAGCAAUUCAAUACAAGAGGUAUUUCAAUGAAUCGAAAGGUUAAUGAGGUUACUUCUUCACCGCACUUAGAACAUAGGAUUGGUAAUAUGGAGACGAUGAUGCAACAAAUGGCCGCAAUACUCAUUCCCUCUUAUGAGGAAGAAGCUGAACAAGUGAAUGCAAUAUUCCCAAAUCAGCAAAGGCAACGGUAUGAUCCUUAUUCCAGUACUUAUAAUCCAUGGUGGAGAGAUAAUCCCAAUUUUAGUUAUGCAAACAAGCAAGCUGCAGCUCAAGGACCGAUUUUUAAUCGCCCUAGUGGUUUUCAACAAUAA